AUGUCGGGUAAUAGUAUCAAGGUCGUGUGUCGUUUCCGGCCCCAGAAUGCCCUCGAGAACAGAGAAGGAGGUACUCCCAUCAUUGACAUUGGCGAGGACGGCACUCAAGUCGCUCUCAAGGGCAAAGACUUCCAAGGCAGUUUCACGUUCGACAAGGUGUUUGGCAUGAACACUCCUCAACAAGAUGUCUUUCAAUACUCCAUCAAGAGCAUCGUUGACGACGUCACUGCUGGUUACAACGGCACUGUCUUUGCCUAUGGUCAAACAGGCUCUGGAAAGACCUUCACUAUGAUGGGCGCUGACAUUGAUGAUGAGAAAACAAAAGGCAUUAUCCCACGCAUUGUCGAACAAAUCUUUGACAGCAUUAUGGAGGCACCAAGCAACCUUGAAUUCACUGUGAAGGUGUCGUUUAUGGAAAUUUAUAUGGAAAAAGUCAGAGAUCUUUUAAAUCCCGCUGCGGAGAAUCUACCGAUUCAUGAAGACAAAACCAAGGGCGUCUAUGUCAAGGGUCUUUUGGAAGUCUAUGUUGGAUCAUCUGACGAAGUUUAUGAAGUUAUGCGACGUGGAAGUAACAACCGUGUGGUUGGUUACACCAAUAUGAAUGCAGAAAGUUCCCGAAGUCACUCCAUUGUCGUUGUGACAAUCACACAAAAGAAUGUGGAUACGGGUGCAGCAAAGAGUGGAAAGCUUUAUUUGGUCGAUUUGGCUGGUUCGGAAAAGGUUGGCAAAACGGGUGCAUCUGGUCAAACCCUUGAAGAAGCCAAAAAGAUCAACAAAUCAUUGACGGCGUUGGGUAUGGUCAUCAAUGCUUUGACCGAUGGCAAAUCGAGCCAUAUUCCUUACAGAGACUCCAAGUUGACACGUAUCCUGCAAGAAUCGCUUGGUGGUAACUCGCGUACGACUUUGAUCAUCAAUUGUUCGCCUUCCUCGUACAAUGAAGCUGAAACGCUUUCUACUCUCCGAUUCGGUGUGCGUGCAAAGACGAUCAAGAACAAGGCGAAGGUCAACGCCGAUCUGUCACCUGCCGAGUUGAAGGCUUUGCUCAAAAAAGUCAAAUCGGAAGCGGUGUCAUUCCAGACCUAUAUUGCUGCUCUUGAAGGCGAAGUCAAUGUUUGGCGUACAGGUGGCACGGUGCCUGAAGACAAAUGGGUUACCAUGGAUAAGGUUUCCAAGGGUGAUUUCAAUGCGUUGCCACCAGCACCAGGUUUCAAGAGCCCUGUUUCUGAUGAAGGUUCUCGUCCUGCAACACCUGUCCCUGUUCUUGAAAAGGAUGAGCGUGAAGAGUUUAUCAAGCGUGAAAACGAAUUGAUGGAUCAAAUUGCAGAGAAGGAAACCGAGCUUGCCAACAGAGAGAAAUUGCUCGAAUCGCUCAAGGAGGAGAUUGGUUACUAUAAGGAACAAGAGCAAAGCAUUUCCAAGGAGAACCAAGAUAUGACAACCGAAUUGAGUGAUCUACGAUUGCAGCUUCAAAAGAUCUCUUACGAGAGCAAGGAGAACGCCAUUCAUGUUGAUUCACUAAAGGAAGCCAACCAGGAGCUUUUGGGAGAAUUGGAAGAGCUCAAGAAGAAUUUGGCCGAAGUCAGACAAGCUCAAAAGGAUGCUUCAGAUGGUGAAAAGCAAAAGAAGAAGGCUGAAAAGAUGGCUCAAAUGAUGUCAGGCUUUGAUAACUCCGGCGUCCUUAUUGAGAAGGAGAAGCAAAUCCGUGAUGCACUUGGAAAGCUCGAGGAUGGAAAGGCCGGUUCAUUGACCAUUGAGGAGCUUGUAUCAGUUCGUCGUGAAUUGGCCGAAUCCAAGAUUCUUGUGGAUCAGCACACAAAGACCAUCGAGGUUUUAUCUACCGAGAAGGAGAGCCUUGAGAAGAAGAAGAAAGAUCUCGAAUCUCGUUUUGGCACCCUUGAGCAGGAAUAUGAGGAGCUUCUUGACAAGACCAUUGCCGAGGAAGAAUCACGCAACCAGAAGGGUAACAUUGCCGAGACCGUUUCUGCUCUCAAGAUCAAGCUUGAGAAUGAAUAUCAAUCCCAGAAGGAGAUUCAGCAAAAGGAGAUCAAUGACCUCAAGAAGGAUUUGGAGAGCAAGACUUCGAGUCAUGAGAAGCUUACCAAGGCUGUGGCUGAUUUGAAGACGGCCAACGAGGAGCUUCAGAACAUGCUAUCUGAUCAUCCCCAGCAAGCCAAUGGAAGAAGCGAAGCUGAAAUGAGCGAGAAGGAAAAAGACAUCGAGCGUAUGCGUAAGACGAUGGCUCAACAACUUGCCGACUUUGAAGUCAUGAAGAAGGCCUUGAUGCGCGACUUGCAAGGACGAUGCGAGAAGGUUGUCGAGCUUGAGAUGUCAUUGGAUGAGACCCGUGAGCAAUACAACAAUGUCUUACGUGCCAGCAACAACAAGUCUCAGCAAAAGAAAAUGGCCUUUUUGGAACGCAACCUUGAACAGCUCACCAAUGUGCAAAAACAGCUUGUGGAACAAAAUGCAUCUCUGAAAAAGGAAGUCGCUUUGGCAGAGCGUAAAUUGAUUGCACGCAAUGAACGCGUUCAGAAUCUCGAGACAUUGUUGCAAGAUGCACAAGAGAAAUUGAUCUCCCAGAAUCAAAAGUUUGAAGCCCAGCUGCAGGCAGUACGUGAACGCUUGGAACAGGCUCGAACACAAAAAUCUCAACAAUCCAUGUCAGCUUUGAACUUUGGUCGUAUUGCUAAGCCCUUGCGCGGUGGAGGAACAGUCGUAGAGAAUGGCAAUGAUACUCCUGCCUCGCCCACUUCGAACGACAAGCGUGAAAAGCGAACCUCUUUCUUCUCUGGCUUCAUGGCCCGAUAA